CCACUGCUGUGUCACUCCAAAAUCUCCUCCUCCGAGAAUAGCCUCUUUCUCUCUCUCUCUCUCUAUCAUUUCAUGAUCCUAAUCCGCUUUGUGUUGCAUCAACUGAGGAUUCGAAUCCCAUUCUCGGAUUGGGAUGAGCUUUUGAUCUUCUUACUGAGCUAGGGUUUCCUGCUUCCCCCUGUUCGACCCCCCACCUCUCUCUCUCUCUGUGCCUCAGGACGAUGAGAGGUGCCGAUUUCAAGUGGUACGAUGGGUUCUUCUUGUCGAUGCUCGCGACUAGUGUGUAUCCUUUUCAUCUCUUUUUCGUGGUUUGGGAAUGUUCGUUCGAUCAGAGGAGAAGAAAACGAGUAAACUGCUUCCUUUUUCCCUAGAAUAUCCGAUUUUGGGUUCCUUUUACAAGAAAACUGGAAGCCAGUAGAAGAAGUCGGGCUGAGAUUUUGUUAGGGUUUUGAUCGAUCGAAAGAAUCUGGGAAUUGUGUCUCCUCAAUAGUUUUGCUUUGUAGAAUCAUUGUGGCAAUCAACUGGAAGAGGUAUCAUCUGUGCGAAUACCCACUGCACGUAUGGAUAGUGGUCGAUUAUACCACUGUGUUCGUCUUUCGCCUCCUGAUGUUUGUAGACAACGGUCUUGCUGCUGGACUUGGCUUGGAUUUUGGAAGGCAACAGCGAUAUGCCCGGUUUUGUGGAAGAGUGGUGAUUCUGUCUAUACUGUCUCUGCUGCUCUACCCGUUUCUGUGGGCUUGGACAGUUAUUGGUACGCAAUGGUUUACAAGAGCAAGAGACUGUUUACCCGAAGAAGGUCAAAAAUGGGGUUUCCUUAUCUGGCUGCUGUUCAGCUACUGUGGACUCCUCUGCAUUGCCUGCAUGUGUAUUGGAAAGUGGUUGACGCGAAGGCAGGCACUCUUAUUGCGUGCUCAGCAGGGAAUCCCCAUUUCAGAAUUUGGGAUUUUAGUCGACAUGAUUAGGGUACCCGACUGGGCAUUCGAAGCUGCAGGUCAAGAAAUGAGAGGCAUGGGUCAAGAUACCACUACUUACCACCCCGGGCUUUACUUGACCCCAGCUCAGAGAGAAGCAGUUGAAGCUCUCAUUCAAGAACUUCCAAAGUUCAGGCUAAAAGCCGUCCCUACCGAUUGCAGUGAAUGCCCUAUCUGCUUAGAGGAGUUCUACGUUGGAAACGAGGUUAGGGGAUUACCAUGUGCCCACAACUUCCAUGUCGAAUGCAUCGACCAGUGGCUUCGCCUAAAUGUAAAAUGCCCUCGUUGCCGCAGCUCUAUCUUCCCGGAUCUCGAUCUAAGUGCACUCUCCAAUCUCCGCAGCUCAGACGCUGAACGAGCAAUCCCGGCGGGCGACACCCAAAUGGCCGAGUCACGGUAUGUGACAAGCCAACCUCCGAGCCAGAGUUACCUGUUGAGAAUGCAGGGUUUUCUCCGGCCAGUUCGGGCAGAGAACUCGAGCUCGGGCUCAGAGACCGACGCUGCACUUGAAACUGCAGAGAACGGCGGGGUUCCCGUCUCGGCAGCUGAGCAAUCUCCGACUCGGAGAUGAGCGAAGAGUGAGUCAGUACUGACUGAUACUAUGGGACAACAAUGGAGGUCUUUUACUCAAGCACUGACAGAUUCUUUCUUACUUGAUUCUGACUUUUGGGGUUUUUUUUUACUCCAUGUUAAAGUGGCAAAAUGUAAAACUGUAAAUGAGUUUGCCUUAAAAGAAAGAACAGAGAGUUGGGUUUCUUUCCUUUUGGAUCAAGAAGAGAACCAAGUCCAUAUCCUUCAUUACUCUGUCAAGGUCACAUGCUCUUACUGUUUUUCUGUUCA